AUGAUUAGUUAGAUGAUACUCCAUAAAUUAGAUAACAAGUAAUUACGUAAAUUUAUUGUUGCUUUAAAAACAAUGUCUGUAAAUAAUAAUGAAACAAGUAGUGUAAAUGAGUUAGAGGCCAGUGGAACUACAAAUACCAUUAGUGAGCUACCCGGUAGACCAUUUAAGAUUACGAUGGAAGUGCCUUUAUUCUUAACAUUAAUGGGCAUAGCUCUUUCAGGAACUGCUAUUAAUAACAUUCUAUUAUAUCGUACUUGCGUACAUACUCUUAAUUAUAGUAAAGACGAAUGUAAAGGAUUUCUACUACCAGACAAAACAAAUGACACUCGCAAGCUGGAGGAGGAAGUCCAGAAAUAUGCAACUUUUAUUUCAAUGGUGAGGACAGUCAUAGAGGCACUAGUUCCUGCUGUCCUUUCCCUAUUUCUAGGUGUAUGGUCUGAUACUCAUGGCCGGAAACCCUUAGUUGUCUGGCCAUUGCUUGGCUUAACGGUGACAUCAAUGUUGGCAGUGGUGUACAGUAUGUUGGAUGCUUAUGGCCCGUGGUGGUUCAUAUUGGUGGUGCUUCCAUUUUCCUUCACAGGAGGAUUCACUGUGUUGAUAACCGGAGCAUAUUGUUAUAUCAGUGACAUUACUACGACAGACAAGAGAUCACUUAGAAUGACAGUGGUGGAGGCUGCGAUAUCAGCCGGGAGCAUCGUAGGUUCUAUACUGAGUUCCUAUCUCCUCGGCUACGUGGGCAAUGUGUACUUACUACUUAUCGUAACGGCUCUGUAUGUAGCUGCGUACGCUUUCACAAAUGUCUGUUUAAUAGAGUCUUUAACAGGAGCAAUACAGGGAGGACUAUGCUCUGUCCUAGAUUUUCUUCUAGUCAAAGAAAUGGUGACCGAAUGCUUUAAGCGCCGACCAAACAACGGAAGAGCUAAGAUUUUCCUUCUCACACUAGCAAAUACUUUAACAAUUUUUAUACUCUACGGGGCGUCUAGCUUAGAUUACCUGUAUACAAGAGAGAAGCUACAUUGGGCGAUGAAGGAAUAUACUCUGUUUACUGCGGCAAAUACUUUAAUAGCCUUCUUGGGAUCUAUUUUGGGAAUAUACAUUUUUCAACGCGCUCUUGGCUUGGGUGAUGUGCCGCUGGCAAUCGUGUCGUUUAUUUCUUCGGUGGCUGAUUGCUUAAUAAAGACGUUUGCAGUGACUACAUGGCACAUGUAUCUUACAUCAGUGUCUUUCAUCAGAGUCAUAUCGGCUCCGCUGAUACGAUCUUUCUUGUCAAAAAUGGUGCCGCUAGAAGACAUAGCAAAGGUGUUCGCGCUUCUCUGCACUAUGGAGUCGGUGUGCCCGAUAAUAGCGCCGUUGAUAUAUAAUACACUCUAUAAUUUUACAAUACACGAUUUUCCGGGCGCUUUUUAUGUAUUGAGCGCCGCCAUUAAUGCAGUGUGCGUUGUUAUGCUGGGGUUCGUCAUGUACUAUGAAUCAGAUUCAACACCAUACCAACCAUUACAGGUUUCGCUGUAAAAUAUUAGGUAUACUUCACAUAUUAUCACCACAGAAUGUUGGCAUCUUGCGAGUAGCUUCAGAAACCAACCCUGGAUGGAUUGGCAUUGUCUACUUUAUUAUUGGUGACUGAAAGAAAAUUACAGAAGUAUAUACUAUGGAAGUCUGACAAGAACUCAAAAAUGACCCCACAUGUAUUUUGCCGCGAGCGACUCAACUGAUAUAAGUACUACUCGCAGUUUAACAACUCAUAUAUUUUUGACAUAAGUAUACUAUUUUAUUUUAGCCAAGAUUAGCGGGAAAUUGUGCAUUGGGUAAUAUUCAAAGCUACGGGCGGGGUAUAUUUAUGGAAAAGGGAUAAAUGUCAGUGAUACCGUGUCAGUCAUGAGGACCGUUUUUUCAAGACACAAUUUUAAUCAUAAUCAUUUAUUGCACCAUGGUAAAAACAAGUUAUUACAAAAUAGUAGUAUCUAAUGGACCCUAAAAGGGUAUGGCAAACAUUUCCUUAAAUUAACUAGCUUUAUAAUUUUAAGAGAUCAAAAUUAUCUUUACUUAACAAAACUAUCAGUGUCAAAAUCGGUGACUGAAUAAUAUGCUUUUUCAGUAAGAACGAU